AUCUGUGAAUUGUGCUUCAGCGAGUGCGUUCGUUCUGCGGCAUCCAAGAGAGAUUUGACCUCGCACUUCACCCAUCAAGUGAAUUCAUUUGUCGUUCAACUCACGCGAUCAACGAUCUCCUCCGCGUCAUCGGUCGUGUGUCUCCUGGCAUCUUGGAUCUUCGCAAACACAAUCACCCGGCCAAUUUGUCACACAAAAGAAAUCGUUCUAGUCUACGGAAGUUCCCCCACAUAACUAGAGCCAAUUGCCAUUGAACUGCAACUCAAGCUCAACCCUUUUUAAAAGCUACAAAACAGAGUAAAACGCAGAGGCUAAUUGUAAAGCGAAAAAACUGUGAUAAAGAAAGGAUAAACAAAGGGGUACAAAACUAAACACAGAAAGAGGACCCUCCUGCCAGCAGCAAAAUAAUAUACAAUUUUAAUAAAACUAAAACCCGAAGCAAAUUAAAAAGCAAGCGACGCCAAAUGCGGCACUAAAAGUAAUUAGCGACAGGAGCUGCAGGAGUUGGCAAUAAAAACAAAGCAAAGGUGUAAUAAAUGAUGUUGCAAUCCUUGAGUCUGCACGCGGAUAAACUGAGCGGCAAUCCUCCAGCAACAGCAACAGCAACAGCAACAGCAACAGCAACAGCGGCAGCAGCAACAUCAGAGGCAACUUGCGACUCGACAGCAACUGCAGCAACAACAAUGCUUACAACGGCACCUGUUGCCCAUGUUGCUAAUGGCAGCAACAGCAAUUCGAGUGGCGAGUGCAGCAGCAACAGCCAUAGUCUUUACAGCAAUAACAAUUUAAAUACCGGCAACAAUAGCCAGCAGCAGCAGCAACAGCAACAUCAGCAGGUACUGCCGGUCAAGUACGACUAUUUAGAGAAUCUAACGAGCUCGGGAGCAACUUCAGGUGCCAUCGCAGCGACAACAACUUUUACGGGGGCUGCAAAAAGUUUCCAUCCCUAUUUGCGGCCCACCGGCAACAACAGCAAUAUCGCAGCAUUAUCUACAACAACGGCACCGGCAGCAACAGCGGCAAAAAUGUCGACAACAUUGUUUGAAACACUCUUGCACAACCAAAUAAAUUCCAGCCCAACGGCACUGCCGGCAGCAACGGCAAUCGCAGCAACAGCAAUCGCAGCAAUAUCUGCAGCAGCAGCAGCAGCAACACCAGGCACCGCAGCAACCACAGCAGCAGCGGCAGCACCGUCAACCCAGCUGAAUUCCAGCAUUAAUUCCAGAACUUCAUUAGGCGACCAGGGCGGUGCGAUUGUUGUUGCCCCCGCCCCACCCGUUGUUGCCCCACCGCCCAGCAGCGGCCCAAAUCGCAACCAAAGUCCGAUGGGUGUUGGCUGCGUCAAAAUGGAACUUAUGGAAUCAAACAGUCCGGACUUGAUCAAGGAUCAGCCGGAUGCGGACAACAUCAAGAUGUUCGUGGGCCAAAUACCAAAGACCUGGGACGAGACCAGGCUCCGGCAAAUGUUCGAGCAGUUCGGACCCGUGCACACACUGAAUGUGCUUCGGGACAAGGUCACAUCGAUUAGCAGAGGGUGCUGUUUUGUCACCUACUAUACAAGAAAGGCCGCCCUGCGCGCCCAGGAUGCGUUGCACAAUAUCAAGACCUUGGAUGGGAUGCACCAUCCCAUUCAGAUGAAGCCGGCGGAUAGUGAGAACAGAAAUGAGCGUAAACUUUUCGUUGGCAUGCUGAACAAAAAGUACACGGAGGCCGAUGUGAGGCAGCUUUUCACGGGCCACGGAACCAUCGAGGAGUGCACGGUGCUCCGGGAUCAGGCCGGCCAGAGCAAGGGCUGCGCCUUCGUCACAUUCGCCACCAAGCAGAACGCCAUUGGAGCCAUCAAGUCCCUGCACCAAAGUCAGACCAUGGAGGGUUGUUCGGCUCCGCUGGUCGUGAAGUUCGCAGACACGCAGAAGGAAAAAGACCAAAAGAAGAUGCAGCAGAUUCACGCCUUCUGCGGCAUCAGCACGCCGAGCGGAGCGUCUGCAGGAGCGGCCACGCCCGCCAUCACUGCGGCCACCGCGCUAAUAGCCGCUCCGCCCUCGGCGGGACGCCCCAAUCCGUCGAUGGCGGCCGCCUUGGCCGCAGUGCCUCAGGUGCAGCAGGCUGGAACUGCUGCCUCGGCACAAACGGCCCUCGUUCCACUGGGCUCCUCCGCCCUCAGUGCGUCCUUGGCGCCCAAUCUGCUGGCCAGCAACGCCCACCAGGGGGCGGCAGCAGCGGCCGCCUAUUUGGGGGCGGACCCCGCGACGGCGGCCCAUCUGCAGCUCUACCAACAAUUUCACGGAUACGGACUGAGUCCGGCGCACUAUCUGCCAGGACUAAAUUUCCACCACCCACCGGAAAACAGUGCCCACCACAGCCAGCACAGUCCCACCGUCGGCGCCGCAUCAGCAGCAUCUCUAUCGGCUGCAGCAGCAUCAGCAGCAUCUCACCCACUUGGCGGCGCACCACCCGCACCCGCACCACCCACCGGCGGGCUCCAUUCCGCCGGGCAUGCUGCUGGCGCUGGACUGCUCGCCGCUCCAUCCCUGUCUAUGCAGAAUCUGGUAACCCUACUAGCCACGCCCUCCGCCCACCACCAGCUGACCCUCCACCACAGCAGCAGCGGCCACAGCAGCAGCUCCGCCAGCAGCCUCCACAACCACCAGCGACUGGCCUACUCCGCCGCCCCACCACCCCCGGCGACCACCUACAACAUGUCGCAGCUGAUCGGUCACACGGCCACGCCCACCCAGCAAGGGGGCGGCGGCCAGACGCUGACCUUGAAUGCGCUGUGGCCUCAAAAUGCUGCUGACCCCUAUUCAUCCUCCCUGAGUGGACUGACAAAUGGAGCCGCCUACGGAGCCGCAUCCCAACCCCUGACUGCCAGCGCCCUUCAAGCGGCCGCUGCGGGUGUGGCUGGCAAACAGAUUGAGGGUCCAGAUGGCAGCAAUCUGUUCAUUUAUCACCUACCUCAGGAGUUCAUUGACACAGAUCUCGCGUCGACAUUUCUCCCCUUUGGCAACGUCCUUUCGGCCAAGGUGUUCAUCGAUAAGCAGACCAAUCUGUCGAAGUGCUUCGGCUUUGUGUCCUACGACAACCCACAUUCGGCCAACGCGGCCAUCCAGGCGAUGCAUGGCUUUCAGAUCGGCACCAAGCGGCUGAAGGUCCAACUGAAACGUUCCAAGGAUGCGGCGAAGCCGUACUAGGCAGCUAAACGGGCUGGUAUGGCCUAAAUGGGCGUGGCCAAGGCACCCGGCAAACAACAAUUCACAAUCAAUGGAUGAAACUAGUUUAAUCAAUUGUGCCUUUUAAGCAACGUUCUGAAACCAAAGGACCAAUUACAAAAAUGUAUCUGAUAAGUGAACACAAAACUAAAGAUAAAUAGAAAGCUUACAAAUAAAGUUCUCGAGUGCACAAAAAACUAACCGCAAAAAUCAACCCUACCAAAGAAGUAGCUUAAAAGUUGCAUCCUUCUUGUAAUCACAUUUGCUGAAAACCAUCAACCAUUUUCAUGAAAUCUAUCUAACUAUUCAACGUGGUCGGCAAACACAUCCUACAAACAAAAUACAACCAAAACAGAAUACAGAAAUUGUAAGCUGCGCUGCAGCGCCAAAGUAUUUUUCAAAGCCAAAUAGUUAAGCAAAUAUAAAGAAAAACAAAAACCAAUACAGAAGAGGAAAUCUAAUUUUUGCACUAUCAAACGAUACAACUUAGAAAAUUAUAUCUAGGUACAAGUUAAGGAAAUAAGUAUAUAAAUACAAUACAGUAGGGCAGAAACAAACGAAAAACAUUCGAAAUUCCGUUCGUAGGGAGAAACAUUCAAAGGGAAAGCUAAGAAUAAAAUAACUAAUACAUAACAAAACUGUUGAAAUCCCAGGUGAAAAACAAUGAACUUAUUUAUCUAGCUAAAAGAAAAUAAAGCUGAUUAAAUAUCAGAAAUUGUUUCAAUUUUGGUUUGGCUUCUUACUUCAAAUCGAGUAUCUAUUCAUUAAUUUAAACUAUGUGCAUAAGAAGCAAGCAUAAAGCAAAUUAAAAUGUUGUCCAAUUUGUACUUAAAUUGCACUUGCUGUUAGAGGGCAAUACUAAAUUAAAUAAAAGUCAGACAAAUUAAAAUAUAAACCAUUUAGCCAGUAAUUUAAUUAAUGUUUUAUCGAAAGGCUUAAACAAAUGAAGCAAAUCAAGUGGUUUCAAAGAUUUACAAAAAAUAUAUUAAACAUUUAAACAAUUAAA